AUGGCACCCCGCCCCACUCUAGACUUGUCGCCCGAGCACACUACCUUUGGCCUCGAAUUUCCAAACGAAGCGCAUACCGUUGAAGACAUUCAGAAAGGGUUGAACGGAUUAGAUCCUGAUUCGUUAAACGAUUUAGGCGUUGAUACAGUCCUGAAAGGACUUUUGGCAUCCACACAACCCUUUCCGAAGUUGCUUGAGCUGGUUCUGUCGUAUGGCGGCUGGAGCUCUCAAUUACGCGGUUGGCUUUCAAAAUCAUUUCCAGCGGCACGACCGCUAUUCCUCGAAUCUGUGCAUCAAUCCGUACUCGAAAGAGUGGCCCUCUGCCUCAACUUUCUUCCCAUCGGAUUCAGCAGAGAGCAAUCGCAAAUUAUCAGUCAAUGGUACAGUGACAUAGAAAGCUGUCUCCGAAUCCUUCGGUCUCUGGGGUCUUUAACAUUCGACCACCUUGACCAACUGGAAGACGAUCAUGCCUUGGAGGGAUUUGGUGACUUCGUCACCGUCAAGCAGAAACAGAAGCAGCGAAAGAAGAAAGCUAAACGAGCCCCGACGACGCAAUCCGCGCCAUUGAAUCUCAAGGAUUUCGAGAGGAUGGAUUUGGAUCCUCCCCAAUGUCAGGGUGAUGUGGAUGCAUUGACGCGUUACAUGGAUCUUUUGGCCCGUGACUUCGUAUAUCUCGCGAUCCAGGAGACCUCGGUCGUCUCCGUUGUUGAAGUUGAUACACCAGACACCUCUCCAGAUCCGAGCGUUCAGCAACAUGUCGAAGACGCGCCGCUCGAUGAAGACUCGACGCCUGCAGCAUAUCCCCUUGUACAGCCGAUGAAGGCUGCAUUGUACUUCGACAGCGCCGAGGGUCUUGGUGAAUGGCGUAUCCUCAUUUCAACGCGUGCGGACCGUGAUCUGCGAGAUUGGCGGCGACGAGACUCGGAAUUCUUCAGGAUCAUUAUCAAGAAGAUCAAGGAACUCUCCUGUGGCCAUUUCUCUGCUGACAAUCAGAAGCGACUGAAUGGUGCAAAUGCCGACUUUGCCAUCUUCGAAGCCAAAAUGACUCGCGAUACCCGGCUUGUCUAUCAAAUUGAUUGCGUCCCAGAAUAUGACAACAACUACGAGCGACAGGUUAUCAAGAUCUUUGGCAUCUACACUCAUGCGCAAAUUGAUAAACGGCUGUGGAAUUCUAUGGGGUAUCAGUUGGCCAGGAGGGGCAAGGUUUAUCGGGAUCGAUGCAAAUUUAGGAGUAAACCUCGCAAUCCUGGCGACAAUGUUUUCGCACCGGCCAGCUUUCCUCCUGUUGAGGUGGAGGAGAAGGACACACUAGUGAUACCCGAGUUGCCGAAGGAAGAUCUGGAAGAGAUUCACUCCCUUUUAGUGCUUGAGAAGUUCGUGAUGUUGUCGCAAGAGCUAUUGAACAGCAUUCUCGCCGACUUGGACGUGGCCCACGUCUUCAACGUCACUCCCCAGGAAAAGGAAAUCAUUGAACACCCUUACUCGUGCUACGUUCUUGGUCGUAGCGGGACUGGUAAAACGACCACAAUGCUCUUCAAAAUGCUGGGCAUAGAACGAGCUUAUGGGUUGCAGACUGACGCCUCCGUCACCAAACCUCGACAAAUCUUUGUUACACAAUCUCGGGUGCUCGCAACCCGAGUCGAGGAGUAUUUUGCGAAGCUUCUGGACUCAUUGGCGGCUGCUAAGAAAUCAAGGAAGGAGCUGAAGGAGAUCGCCAAAGAGAAGAAAGCACAGCAAGAAGAAACCAGUGCCGGGCUGUACGACCAAGAGGACGAUGUGACCUGGAAAGCCGGCUUACCUCAGAAGUUCAGUCUGUUGGAAGACGAGCACUUCCCGUUGUUUGUUACAUACGAAAAGCUCUCGCAAUUGCUGGAGGGUGAUAUCCUCGACGAUGAUCCCACUUCUCCCAAGUCUCCUGUGGGAAGGAAUGGCCGCUUCAUCACCUACGAUGUCUUCAUGGAACAGUAUUGGCCACACUUUCCUCAGAACCUUACCAAGAAUCUCGACCCUUCUCUGGUAUUCAGCGAGCUCAUUGGCGUCAUCGAAGGGUCCGAAGCCUCUCUGAGCUGCGCUUCACGAUAUCUUGAUCGGUCUGCGUACGAGAACUUGAGUCACCGUACUCAGCAUGUGUUUGCAAAACAGCGGGAGACGGUCUAUGCGAUUUAUUCCGCCUACCUCAAGCGAAAAUGUCAGAAUGGGGACUUGGAUGUCGCUGACAGGACCCAUCGAAUUCUAAAAGCAUUUGAGCUGCGCGGUGUUCCUGGGACCAAAAUUGACUACCUGUAUGUCGACGAGGCGCAAGACAAUCUUCUCAUAGAUGCAAUGCUUCUGCGAUCCCUGUGCCGUAACCCAGAUGGUCUCUUCUGGGCUGGCGAUACAGCUCAAACCAUCGCGAUUGGAAGUUCAUUCCGUUUUGAUGAUCUCAAGGCAUUCCUUUACAGAUUGGAGAAACGUCGAGAGGACAAGCUCGACGAUAGUCGGAAGGGAGCGCAAGGUGAACUACGAACCUUCCAACUCGCAAUCAAUUACCGCUCGCAUGGAGGGAUUGUCCAAUGUGCACAUUCAGUCAUCGAGCUCAUCACCCAUUUCUGGCCAUACGCUAUUGAUUCGAUGGCUCCAGAACAAGGCAUCGUCGAUGGGGCCAAACCAGUCUUUUUCAGCGGGUGGGAUACGAAUACCGUCAGAUAUGAACAAUUCUUGUUUGGUGAUUCGGGGGAUCGGAUCGAGUUCGGAGCUCGACAAUGUAUCCUUGUCCGAGACGAAAUUGCUCGAACAGAGUUGCGAGAGCAAGUUGGUGACAUCGGACUGAUCUUGACUCUGUAUGAGAGCAAGGGUUUAGAAUUCGACGAUGUCCUGCUGUACAAGUUCUUUGAAGAUUCGAAGAUCGACCUUGGCCAAUGGCGCGUCGUUUUGAAUCUCGUUGAAGCAGCCAAUGGGACACAAAUCGCACCUCGCUUUGACGAAACGCGCCAUGCUGGAGUCUGCAGCGAGCUCAAGUUCCUGUACGUUGCGAUCACGAGGGCCAGGAAAAAUCUGUGGAUUGUAGAUUGUUCUGACAAAGCUGAACCAAUGAAGGUAUUGUGGACAGCGAAAGAUUACAUCCAGAACUGCGCCCCUGGUACCGAUGUUCCGCGCCUCGCGGUCUCUUCCACCCCGGAGGAAUGGGCGAAGACAGGGCGCACCUUGUUCACCAACAGGAGAUACCUGCAAUCAAUGCAUGCCUUCCAGCGAGCCGGAAUGGAACGGGAGGUGAAGAUUGCACACACCCACUUCCUCCGUGAGGAGGCUCGGUCUGCCAUCGCUACCAACAAAGAAGGCAUGCUCUCGAAGCAAAAUGCCUUUGUGGUGGCCGCCGAAUCGUUUUUGGAGUGCGCGGCUUUCUCGACCGGAAAGCGACGCAAGGUGUUCUAUCAUAAUGCCGCUGAUUGUUUCGAACGCGCAGCUCAGUUGUUCGACAUGCUAGACCUGUUUGCAAGAGCUGCCAAAGCUUACGAGGAUGCAGAAGAGUACACACCUGCUGUUCGUUUGUAUCGCAAGUGUGACAAGUUCGACGAGGCGGUAAAUAUUGUGGUCGGGCACAAAGGAAAGGUGGACCAGAGUCUGGCGGAGAACGUGGUUGAUGUUGCGAGGCUGUUCUAUUUCAAACAAAGGGAGUUGAAGAAAGCUCAGAAGUUGUUCGAAUCUGUGGAGGAGCAACUGGAGUACCUCGAGGAUAACGUUCUACUUGACGAGUGUCAUGCGGCCGUUCUGGUUGAAUUGGGUCGAUACCAAGAAGCAGCGGAUGUCCACCUGGCAGAGGGCCGUACUCUGGAGGCGAUCGAGACUCUGUUGGAAGACCAGGAAAAUCCGGAAUCCACCAAGAGGGCCAACACCUGUAUCCUUCAAGGAUUAUGGCAAAAUGUUUCCUUUGCCGUCCUCUUCAACAAGGAGAACGAAACAGCCCAUCGCAUGCUCGAAUUGGCCUCCAAACUGAACACCAUGAGUCUGACUGUUUCCGAGCGUGAUGAGGUCGCCAUGUUCCGAAACAUCAAGGACAAAAACCUUGGAGCCCUUCGUCAACUUGGGAUCCAGUUCCUGAAGAGGAACGAGAAGGUUCCUGCCUUGGUUUGCUUCGACUAUUGUUUCAUGGCUCUCCCCGUUUUCUCGGGGCUGUCGAAUGCGAAGAUAUCCGUGAUUUUGGACGACUUUAUGGUUUAUUGCAGGCUUAUGAGGGAGGUUGCUUCAAAUUUGAACCUGGACAGCCCUGGCAUCCAGCGCCUCUUUGCCCUUACCCCAGCCGCGUCGGAAAACAUGUUCCAUGUUCCCCGAGGAACCUGGGUGUAUCAUCGCCUCAAAGCAAUUUCUCACAAAGAAUUUCUGCCACAACAUGACGAAGAAUCGCCAAUCAUCUCCCGUCAGACGAUCGUGGAGAUUCUCAAGUUCCUUCUCUGGAGCCGCCUUGUUAAACGUAUUUUGGAGGAGAACGAACUUUGCCAACGUACCAAAGCUUUCAGUCCAUGCCUGCCUUUCAUCAUGAACGAAGAAUGCCAUCUGCAGAACUGCCAUCGACAGCACAUCGACUACAAAGACCUCACUCAAGAGUGGUACACCGCCCAGAUCCGCAUGUACCUCCAGCAAAUAUUGAUAUUCCACACACUGUUCUGCAUUCCUUUCGAGUUGGUGGGACACAGAUUGAAGGAGCAACGGCAAGUCUCUUUUGCAUUUCCUCACCUCUGGAACCCGUCGGCUUACAGCUCCAUCAGGUUUCUAAUUCGAAAGCUAUUCGACACUUUGCAUCCGCCAGUACACUACCUUGGUACCGCUGCGACGUUACGGUUGGAUUUGAUACCUGAGUCGCAAAAGGCAUUGGAGACCGUCAAGAACUGGUGCCGUGACUUGAUCCACAGUCACCCAAUCCCACCUCCUCGAGGGCCAGACCAGUUGGCUCUGACUUGGAUAUAUGAAGCUUCCGUUCUUUGUUUGACUGUCGACAAGUAUGAAGCUUCGAAAUACCUUCCUCAAGGGGCAUUCCUGCGCACUUUUGAGAGGUUCCGGCACUACUACCGAAAUGUUCAAAACGACUCCAUCUAUGUGAUACCCGAACUCAUUCAAGCGCUGCAAGCUUCUGACACCACUUUCUUGUCGGCUGGGAUCUUGUGCCUGAAGCAAAUAAUUGACUGUAAAUUGCCAGUCGAUAUCAACGUUGCCCGCCACUUGGUUGAGUUUCUAGCUGGAGCGAUGAUUCUGGCCCGGGUCGAGUUCAAGCUACACAACGUCACUCUCCCUCGAAGCUGGUUCAUCUCCCUUCUGCAUCAUGUCAGCAGGCGAGAGAAGGCCGACACGCGACUUUUCGACCAGUUGCUCGACUGCAUUGAGCAAUUGAUCAAGGUGCUCGUUACCCCCGGAGGCGAUGGAGCAAACUAUCUGCUGUUCGAGAACAAGAGUCUCUCUGACCUUCCGGCCAUCCGAGAGCUACACGUCGCCCCGUUCUGUCGAGCAAUGGCUUUACUGGGCUACAAUAUCGCUAGCGACCAAAUUAGGACGGAAAUUCUGAGGCGCCUCAGGCCUCUACACCCGGUGAAGUCUUGGCACUGGACAUACCGCCAAUAUGCGUCAGCUCGCUCCUGGGGAGGGAUUGUGAGGGCCCUCCGUGAAUCAACUACAGAGUCAGCGCUGGAUGAUCUCGUUGUCCUGUGCGACGAAUCGAAGCCCGCCAAUAAACCCCCUCCGUCGAACGUCACCCGGGUCACUUUCAAGUCGAUUGACGACAUCCGGCGUGCUUUGGGAUCCCAUACUUCGACUGCCACUAUUCUCUCUUCCCUGCGUGCCGAUGCCCCGGCGUUCGUACCCAAAUUCAAGCAAGUAUCAACACAAGGUACUCCCGCUCGAGGCAAUGCUUCCCAGGACGGGGCUGAACAGGAAGAGGCUGAAGGAGAACAGGAAGAAGCAAUCGACAGACCAGAAGCCGACACGAAAAUUAUCGAUUCGCGUGACGUCGUUGUCGCCAACACUGCCAAGUCUGUUGCUCGGGAAGUCACUCCUGAAGAACUGGCUGUGGCCAGGAGGUUCCUCAAAGGCUACCGCCGUCGACUCUUGCAACGAAAGCUCGAAAAGAAGAAAACGACGAUUGAGGCGAGUUGCGAUUCGAUCUUCCAUGUUUGUUUGAAGCAUGCGGAGGGGAUGGAGUGGCCGAAUGGAGGGUAUUACAGGAUGCUGUAUCUGGGACUCGUACCGCAUUUGUUGGUUUGUGUCAAUGCGGUGCAGACGUAUGCGCAGGGAGCCAAGUCCAAGGCGAAAAAGAGGCUCUUGAAGGAAGAGAAGCAGGAUCUGGACGAUUUGAACAAAAGGAUGAAUGACUUGAGCUCGAUGUUCAAGUUAUCGAGGGAAUUACACAAACAGCUUGAACCUCAAUCUUCUCUACAUAAGCGCCGGGAUGUCGAAGAGUUGAAACGGCUGGUGGGACAAGUGGAAGAGUUGGUCAAUCGAGUCCCGCAGGCCGUCGGGGAGGUCAGGCUCCAUCUGGAACUUGCGAUAAAGGGCAUUGUUAAGGAGAAGCCUCCUCCGAAGCCUGUGGAGAAACCCGAGCUGAAUAUUGAUGAGGAGGAUGGGUAUGUGGACGAGGCGGAGAGGUUCGAGGAGGCCUAUCUUGACGGGGUCUCGGGUAUGUAG